AUUGAAAGAUAAAACUUACAAGCCACACAAAAUCAAUAAAAGUGGCCUAGUUCGAACUGUGAAUUCUAUGAAUUAUAGUGAAGUGACUGAAGUGGCCGGCAGAUCUGCAGUUUAACGAUCUUCUUUUUUUUUUGGCGAAAGUGCUAAAGCGUUAGCAAACAAUUAAACUAUUGCACCCCCAACUGCAUAUGAAUAGAAACGGCAAUCAAUAAUCGAUUAUCCAUAUGAGAGUAGUGCUUGAAACCGACGGGAGCGAAUCAAUAAUCCUUCAAUUGUUGUGAUUACUUCAAUGGCAUGGGACUUUUCACAACUGCCAACGAACGCUGACAUUUCCAGGACGUCCAUCGCUCGCUUAUUAGUGAUCCAGAAUUCCAUGACGCCAUAGAUAGAAGACGAUGAGCAGUCAAGAAGGAAGGUCCGGCGAGAGGUCACACAUCUUUCAGAUCCGCAUCGACAGCGUUGAAGAUGAGAGCACCGCCCCCAUAACUGAGGCCAACUCGCGGGAGGAUCUCAUUGGUAGUGCAGCCCAGGAGGGCGACAGGAUCAGCGAGCAGUCGGUCUUUCAGUUUCCCAGAUUUCUUUCGGUGCCAACGCUGCGAAGCCCACGACAAUCCCCGGAUCCCUCCACCACUAGGCAGGUGAUGUCCAGUCCCGCCAAGAGCGAGCGCAUGAGCCGCCGAAGUCAGACAAAGCUGCGACCACGGAGACUUAGCCAGGAUAGUGGCAUUGUGGCUGGCAGAUUAAUAGGAUACGGGGAGGGAGCUUUAAUUGACUCCGACCUGCAGCCAAGACACGUCGAAUCGGAUCCGAUAGAUAGCGUUUAUAGCUGCCAAGCGAGCCAUAAUGUUCCUGUGGACAGCCCGAGCAAGCCAGCCACUCCGAUUCCGCCCAAAUCCAAGCUAAGUGCCAGUCGGGCCCGGGCCGGAUCGGCUGCCUACACGGAAAAGUGGCUCAACUCCUCGGUGAUGCGGACCAGCAAUGGCAAUCCACUGUUCCCCAAAUCCAACGCGAUAGCCAGGCCACUGCCCACGCAUCUGGAAGCUGACUCCGCGGAACCGAGUCCCACGCAGGCCUUUGGGCCCAAGAUAGUUGGAAAUAAUGAUGAGGAUAUACCUGGCACCGCCAUGCGGAGAAGCUUGGGUCUAAACUUGAGUCCCACGCUAGGUUCCGCCGACCGAGUGAAUCAGUCCUACGAGGUAAUGGAGUCCUCGCACUCCAAUGUUUUACCCGACCAAUUCGGCUAUCGACAACUGAUUCCCACGGAAAGAAAGGCUUCGGACACAGCGAGUUCCGUAAGUGGAAGUUACUACGGCAGUCGAAAGGCCAGCAAAAGCAACAGCCUGGGCGGCGAGUCUGGAGACGAGAGAAGGGUCAGCAAACAGGACAGGGAGGGAUUGGAUCCAGAGUCACUGAUGUUCCGAGAUGGCAGGCGGAAAGUGGACAUGGUGCUGGCCUGGGAGGAGGAGGACCUGGGCGUCAUGACUGAAGCGGAGGCCAAGCGUCGCGAUAACCGACGUUCCUUCAUGGAGAACCUCAUCAAGGAGGGACUCGAGGUCGAGUUGGAGGACAAGUCGCAGUCCUUCAACGAGAAGACCUUCUUUUUGAAGAUCCAUCUGCCCUGGCGGCUGGAAACACGACUGGCGGAGGUCAUGAAUCUGAAGCUGCCCGUGAAAAGAUUUAUCACCAUAUCCGUGAAACCAUCUUGGGAUGAGGAGAAUGUUGUGCUUAGGAAUAUGCAAUAUUGGAAGGAUGUGUGGCAGCGCUUGACUAAGAAGAUUCAGCUGGACCAAACACUUCUGGAGGGAGAGACUACAUUUAAGGCUGCAACAGCUAAUGGAAAUCCGGAGGAGCAGUUUAUUGUCAAGGAUCGCGCAACUGCCUUCACCAGUGCCCAACGAUCACUGAUGGUGAUGCAGGUGCUCAUCCGGACACCCUUCGACGAGAGCGACCGCAGCGGCAUUCGGCGGCUGAUGAACGACGGCACCUAUCUGGGCUGUUUCCCGCUGCACGAGGGGCGGUACGAUCGACCGCACUCCAGCGGAAUCUCGCUGGACCGUCGGGUCCUCUACCAGACGUGGGCCCAUCCCUCCCAGUGGUACAAGAAGCAGCCGCUGUGCUUGGUGCGCAAGUACUUCGGCGACAAGAUCGCCCUGUAUUUUUGCUGGCUGGGAUUCUACACGGAGAUGCUCGUGUAUCCGGCCGUGGUGGGCACGCUCUGUUUCAUUUACGGACUUGCCACUCUGGAGUCGGAGGACAAUACGCCCAGCAAGGAGAUCUGCAAUGAAUAUGGCACGGGGAACAUUACUUUGUGUCCACUUUGCGAUAAGGCCUGCAGCUACCAACGACUCUCGGAAUCGUGCCUCUUUUCGCGACUCACCUAUCUCUUUGACAAUCCCUCGACGGUGUUCUUCGCCAUCUUCAUGUCCUUCUGGGCCACCACAUUCCUGGAGCUCUGGAAACGCAAACAAUCGGUUCUUGUCUGGGAGUGGGACUUGCACAACGUCGAUAUGGACGAGGAGAACCGUCCGGAAUUUGAAACGAAUGCCACCACAUUUCGCAUGAAUCCUGUCACGCGGGAAAAGGAACCCUAUAUGUCCACCUGGAACAGGUCCAUACGAUUUGUAAUCACCGGUAGUGCAGUGCUUUUUAUGAUCUCCGUGGUCCUCUCUGCCGUGCUGGGCACCAUUCUUUAUCGCAUAACCCUGGUGUCUGUCAUUUAUGGAGGAGGCGGAUUCUUUGUUAAGGAGCAUGCCAAACUUUUCACCAGUGUCACGGCUGCCUUAAUCAAUUUGGUGGUCAUUAUGAUACUAACACGAAUCUACCACCGCAUGGCCAUUAAGCUGACCAACCUGGAGAAUCCACGCACUCACACGGAAUACGAGGACUCCUAUACUUUCAAGAUAUUCUUCUUCGAGUUCAUGAACUUCUACUCCUCGCUCAUCUACAUUGCAUUCUUCAAGGGGCGGUUCUUUGAUUAUCCUGGAGAUGAUCAAGCCCGCAAAAGUGAGUUCUUCCGGCUGAAGAAUGAUAUCUGCGAUCCGGCGGGUUGCUUAUCCGAACUGUGCAUCCAAUUGGCCAUCAUUAUGGUCGGCAAACAGUGCUGGAACAACUUCAUGGAGUACCUUUUCCCCAAAUUUUGGAACUGGUGGCGUCAACGGAAGCAUAAACAGGCCACCAAGGAUGAGUCGCAUUUGCAUAUGGCCUGGGAGCAGGACUAUCACAUGCAGGACCCCGGGCGUCUGGCCCUGUUCGAUGAGUAUCUGGAAAUGAUUCUUCAAUAUGGCUUUGUUACUUUGUUCGUGGCUGCAUUUCCACUGGCACCGCUCUUUGCUCUACUGAACAACGUGGCCGAGAUCCGUUUGGAUGCCUACAAGAUGGUCACUCAGGCCAGACGUCCUUUGGCGGAGCGGGUUGAAGACAUUGGAGCUUGGUACGGUAUCCUUCGGAUCAUCACGUACACGGCCGUCGUUUCGAACGCCUUUGUGAUUGCAUACACAAGUGAUUUUAUACCACGAAUGGUGUACAAGUUUGUUUAUUCCGAAACCCAUACAUUGGCUGGCUACAUUGAGCACUCGCUGUCCAUCUUCAAUACCUCGGAUUACAAGGAGGAGUGGGGUGCAUCGGUCAGCGAAAAAGAUCCCGACACCUGCCAAUAUCGUGGCUAUAGAAAUGGCCCCAAGGAUUACGAACCCUAUGGACUGAGUCCCCAUUACUGGCAUGUCUUUGCUGCCCGCUUGGCUUUUGUGGUGGUUUUCGAGCACGUUGUGUUUGUGAUAACUGGCAUCAUGCAGUUCAUCAUUCCGGACGUUCCAUCCGAGGUGAAGACCCAAAUGCAGCGGGAGCAGCUGCUGGCCAAGGAGGCCAAGUACCAGCACGGCAUCAAGCGUGCUCAGGGCGACAGCCAGGACAUUAUGAGCCUGUUCCGGGACACCAGCAACAGGGCGUCGAUAGCCGGAAGCACGGUGACGACCCGAGGGAGUUGGGCACGCCGUUUCAGUCGGCUGAGCGAUGGACUGGACGCCCAUGUGGAGGUGGCCGCCCGUCCACGACGGUCUGUGGAAUCCACGGUUUGGGAGGUUUCCUGACACGAGGAGGAGGCCGAGAGUGAGGCCCAGGAUCAGAGCAAAAGAUGAGGCGGCAGCAGCAGAUUGUCCUCAUUCAAAUACCAAUAACAAAUACCAUUCAAUACCACUCGUCUCCUUUAACCAAUUCAUGUAAUCAUGUUAUUUUAUGUGUAAUUGUCGUU